UCGCUGAAACAUGACACAAUGGGACGCCCGAGAACCAGCACACGCCUUGCUACGUUCUGGAUAAAAAUCUCCGGAGAGGUUUUGUGUUGUGGGGCGUGAUCAUCCACGUCUCAUACUUCCUCUCUCGUUUCCAACUUUUUUCUUUUAGGAUCUUCAUACGUGGCUCCUGGAGGAAAGGGAGGGAGGGGAAACUGUGCGCGGCGAAGGCAGCUGCGGCCGGAGCAUUCUUGCUUUUGCCUGCCGACCGGGGCUCCCGACCGACAGUUUGGGCUCAAAUAACCUCCAUUAAGUUGGCCUGGAUGGCAGGGACACUCCGGUGCAAAGAUUGCUUCAAGCUUAAGGAUUACCGGUUGCAUGUGUUCUUUGGCCCACUGGACGGAUGAAAGCUAAAGGCUGGCAGAGGCCCAUCUGGGCUGUAUCGGCUCUGUUUAUUGCAGCCACCCUUCUGAUGCUGACCUCUGAGGUGGGAUCAGUCCAGAAAAUGACUCAAACAGCAAUGGCUCAUGCUACAGACACGGUUGCAAGAUCAGCCCCUAACCUCACCGAUGAGCUUCAAGGUCUCCAGGCACUAGCAGACUUCUUUGCCAGUGAGCAUGCCCAUGUCUGGCUCUUGUCCCUUGCGGGCUCAGUUGUAGUAGGUCUCAGUGGAAUUUUCCCGCUGCUCGUUAUUCCAAUUGAAGCUGGAGCAGCCCUUAAAACCGAAGCUGGAGGGCAGAAGCUAAAAAGGCUUUUGAGCUUCGCUAUUGGUGGUCUUCUUGGUGAUGUAUUCCUUCAUCUCCUCCCUGAAGCAUGGGCACUAUCUGGAUCUUCAGCCAGCAAAGAAAAACACUACAUGGCACAGGGCCUAUGGGUAAUCACUGGCCUACUGGCAUUUCUUCUUUUAGAGAAGAUUUUCUCUGAUCAAGAUGGACAAAAAGAUUCCCCAUCACAUUCACACCUCAAUUCUUGCUCUACUGCAAGUUCAGUGUGCAGUGAAAAGGCUCGUGUGUUAUAUGGAAAUGGGUCCCAGAAAGCCCCAAAGCAUCAGAGUCUGCACAAAACAUCUGAAAAUGUCAAGACAAGUGGUUACCUGAACCUAUUGGCCAACUGCAUUGACAACUUCACACAUGGGCUGGCUGUCGCAGGAAGCUUCCUUGUUAGCAAAAAGGUUGGGUUUCUUACAACAUUUGCCAUUUUGCUCCAUGAAAUCCCACACGAGGUGGGGGACUUUGCCAUUUUGUUGCGAGCUGGGUUCGACCGAUGGAGUGCUGCACGUCUGCAGAUGUCCACCGCACUGGUUGGCGUGCUGGGGGCUUGCUUCGCAUUGUGUUCUCAGUCACCAAAAGGCACAGAAAAUGCAACUUCCUGGAUACUUCCAUUCACCUCUGGAGGCUUUAUAUACAUUGCAUUGGUGAAUGUAGUUCCUGAUCUGCUAGAGGAAUCCAGUUUGAGGCACUCCCUUCUUCAGACGCUACUUAUUUUUUGUGGCGUGGCAGUCAUGGCUUUCCUGUCAACCAUUACUGUUUGACCACUGAAUAGCUGCUUUUCUUGCCAUCGUACCAAAAACGAACACUAAAUCCAGGACCAAGGGUGACAUUCUCUUUCUGAUCUGAUGACACUUUUUCAUGAACACAUGCAGUCCAUGUUGAUCGCCAGAUUACACCUCUGGAUAUUCUUAUGUGUCAUUUUAUACAGAAACAAAUAUCUGACAAAAAUUGCACUUUAUGAAUCAGUGACAAUGUCUAUCUUGAAACGGGAUGCGUUUAAUUGACUUUGGACAAUGUGCCAGCUCUAAAUAUUAAGUGAAAGAUGAUGCAUUUGUAUGGAUUUCUGUUACCAAAUUAUUUUAAUUAUUUAUAUAUACAUACAUUUACAGUAUAUGUAUGUAUUUAAAGUACGUGUGUGAGUGAUAUAUAUAUGUAUAAAACAGUGGGGAACUUCCUGUGCCUUCUAUGCCUUUCAGAUGACAAAAAAAAAAACAAUUAUUAGCACCCCUGAUGUUAAUACUUUGUACAACCCCCUUUUGCCAACAAAACAAGGUCUGGGGACUGAGAUGGCCAUGGGAGGAGCUUGAUUUUGUGUCUGGUGAACCAUUUCUGUGUAGAUUUGGCCAUAUGUUUAGGGUCAUUGUCUUGCUGAAAGACCCAGUGACGACCCAUCUUCAGCUUUUGGGCAGAGGGCAACAGAUUUUGAUUUAAAAUGUCCUGGUAUUUCAAAGCAUUCAUGAUGCCAAGCACCCUAACAAGGUUCCCAGGGCCUUUGGAAGCGAAACAGCCCCACAGCAUCACUGACCCACCCCCAUACUUCACAGUGGGUAUGAUGUGCUUUUCCGCACGCGCAUCUUUCGUGGCACGCCAGACCCACUUUGAGUGUUUGUUGCCAAAAAGCUCAAUCUCGACCUCACACAAAAAUGCACACGGUCCCAGGCUUCAACUGGGACCGUGUGCUUUGGUCAGAUGAGACCAAGAAGCUCAAUCUUGGUCUCACACAAAAAUACACACGGUCCCAUUGUGCUUUGGUCAGAUGAGACCAAGAUUGAGCUUUUUGGCAACAAACACUCAAAGUGGGUCUGGAUUAAUAAUAAUAGUAAUAAUAAUAAUACCUGUAAUAAUGUAACAAAUCGGGAUCUAAUGUGGCAGUCGUAUUUUCUGUGGUGUACCUGAAUGCACCGCUGGGCUGACAGCAGAGAGAGAGAGAGAGAGUGCAGUUGAGAUUACUUUCAGUUUUAAUGUCCUGUUGUUGCAGGCAGUUGGCAUGUUGUGUUGCACAAGUUCUGAAAUAAAUGAUUAAAAACUUGACAAAGCUGGCGAUCUCUAUGGCGAUGGUUGUCUGACUGGCAAACGGAGGUCUGAGGAUUAUUGUCAAGCAGUUCACAGACGCGCACCCCACGCUAGUAUUUUUCCAUUGGUAAGGCUCACCUUUUUUCACCACCUGCUUUAACAUUCUUGGAACCCAUGUUGAUUUCUCUCACAAGAAAAUCCGCCGUGUGUGCGUCUUGCGGCAAAACAAUGAAAUUGCGACGCUGUCAUAAAUCGUUGUAUUUUGAGCAUUUCAUCGGAUGUAGAAACAAAUGGCGAGUUAAAUUUUACGUUGGAUGUCGAAAAAUUGUGUCAAAGCGAUCUUAUGUCGAGGUACCACUGUAUAAUUAAAAAAACCAAAAAACUUUUAUGUAUAUAUGUAUAUUUUAAUAAAUGUUUUUAAGCACUUUAAAUGUAAUAAUUAUGAUGUUUUAAACAUGUUACUGUCCCACAGAAUUUUUUUUUAAACAAGAAAAAAGGUAGACGCCCUAUCCAUUUUAAAAAAGUUAAAAAAAAAAAAUGCUUGUCUUUACUAAAUGCUUCAUCAAGUGUCCAUUCAAAUCAGCUCCAGCUGCUCACUUACACACAAUGUGUUGCCACCGCAACUGUUUAACAAGUUAAACGAUGACUGACGCAUGAGGCGCUUUGAAAGUCGAAUCUCUGGCAAGAUCAAAGCUUAACCGUCUGUCAAUUGUGGCUUAUUUUAAUAAGCGACUCCAGUUCACUUACUGAUGAACAAAGAGCAAGGAGAGGGAGGGAGCGAGCGUGAGCUUGCGGAAUGGGCUCGGGUUACCUCAUCUGUAUUUUUUUUUUUAAUUGAAAAAAAUCCACAAUGGACUUUAACAUGAAGUAGCGAGGGAUCACUGUAAUGAAUUUUAAAUAUUAUUAAUUAAGAAUUUCUGUUUCAUUUAAUGUAAGUGCAUCAACACAUUCCCUCUUAUCUGUGAUCUCAUCAUGUCCAUUGUCAAGUUCAUAUCAGAAGCUAAAGAUUUCUUAUCCUGAAAGCAUGUUAACCAAUCAUACGUAGUUGUCAACCUCUAACAAGAUCUGGUUUGCUGGAUUAAUCUGAGGGAAGGCUAAGCCUCAUGUGUGACAGAGGAAUCAACCAAUCAGAUUUGAUUUAAGUAGACGGGACCCACAAAAAUACAGUUUUAAAGGCCUUCCUAAAGUCUUCGAUGAAAACACUGUGUAGUGAGUGUGGGGAGUAAGAGAGAACGAGAGACCUUGCCUGGCCGCCAGACACGCACUAUUUUUGGCCAAGAUGGCCCGUAAAGUGAUCUUCAAUCCUUGUUCUCCGACAAAACAUAAUUUAAGGCUUUUAGCCCAAAAUGUGGCACAAGUGGCAUGAUGUGAUCAAACCUCCCUGGCUGCUCGGCGUGAUCCAUUAUGGUCGUUUUUGAGCAUUUUUGCGCCACUCAAGGCGCCACACUAUUUUCAGCCACCCAAAGGAUCAAAUGCCCAUUUCCUCAACAAAACCUAACUUCUUUUAACCCAAAAUGGCGCACUUUGUGGUGGACUCAUUGGGCUAAACUAGCCUGGGAACUCUGCGUGGCCCAAUUGUGCUAUUUAUUGUUAUUUAUUGAGCUGAAACAUACAGAUAAACUCUACAGCCAUUCAUUUAACUAUUUUUGAGGAAUACAAGGAGAAUGGAUUUUGUAUUGAUAAAAAGUGCUUUGUUGGACAUCCAUUUUGGUGAGUGCAAUCAUUUUAUCAAAUUUUUCUUAUUUAAUUGUUUUUGCAAUUUUAAAUGUACAUUUUUUUCUAAUACUGGUACACAAAAACAUGACAAAGGGAGUCAAGCACUUUUCUGAGAUCACAGUUAAUGUGGUAAUGCAAAAACAUAAGUAAAGAUAGCAGAUAGCAUAGCCCUGUUAUCUCUGGGCUUUACUGUUUCUAUGGUGAUGUACUUUUUUGACUGAAGGCCCAGUUGUAGCACUCACAGUUCAGCACUGAUCUAUAUUAUACACAUGUACAGUGGGGCAAAUAAGUAUUUAGUCAACCACUAAUUGUGCAAGUUCUCCCACUUGAAAAUAUUAGAGAGGCCUGUAAUUGUCAACAUGGGUAAACCUCAACCAUGAGAGACAGAAUGUGGAGGAAGAAAAACAGAAAAUCACAUUGUUUGAUUUUUAAAGAAUUUUUUUGCAAAUCAUGGUGGAAAAUAAGUAUUUGGUCAAUACCAAAAGUUCGUCUCAAUACUUUGUUAUGUACCCGUUUUUGGCAAUAACGGAGGCCAAACGUUUUCUGUAACUCUUCACAAGCUUUUCACACACUGUUGCAGGUAUUUUGGCCCAUUCCUCCAUGCGGAUCUCCUCUAGAGCAGUGAUGUUUUGGGGCUGUCGUUGGGCAACACGGACUUUCAAAUCCCUCCACAGAUUUUCUAUGGGGUUGAGAUCUGGAAACUGGCUAGGCCACUCCAGGACCUUGAAAUGCUUCUUACGAAGCCACUCCUUUGUUGCCCUGGUUGUGUGUUUGGGAUCAUUGUCAUGCUGAAAAACCCAGCAAUGUCUCAUAUUCAAUACCCUUGCUGAUGAAAGGAGAUUUUCACUCAAAAUCUCUCGAUACAUGGCCCCAUUCAUUCUUUCCUUUGCACAGAUCAGUAGUCCUGCUCCCUUUGCAGAAAAACAGCCCCAAAGCAUGAUGUUUCAACCCCCAUGCUUCACAGUGGGUAUGGUGUUCUACGGAUGCAAUUCAGUAUUCUUUCUCCUCCAAACACGAGAACCUGUGUUUCUACCAAAAAGUUCUAUUUGGGUUUAAUCUGACCAUAACACAUUCUCCCAGUCUUCUUCUGGAUCAUCCAAAAGCUCUCUAGCGAACCGCAGACGGGCCUGGACGUGUACUUUUUUCAGCAGGGAGAUACGUCUGGCAGUGCAGGAUUUGAGUCCCUGGCGGCACAUUGUGUUACUGAUAGUAGCCUUUGUUACUGUGUUCCCAGCUCUCUGUAUUCACUAGGUCCCCCGUGUGGUUGUGGGGUUUUUGCUCACCGUUCUUGUUAUCAUUUUGACGCCACAGGUUGAGAUCUUGCAUGGAGCCCCAGAUCGAGGGAGAUUAUCAGUGGUCUUGUAUGUCUUCCAUUUUCUAAUAAUUGCUCCCACAGUUGAUUUCUUUACACCAAGCGUUUUACCUAUUGCAGAUUCAGUCUUCCCAGGCUGGUGCAGGUCUACAAUUUUGUCUCUGGUGUCCUUCGACAGCUCUUUGGUUUUGGCCAUAGUGGAGCUUGGAGUGUGACUGACUGAGUUUGUAGACAGGUGUCUUUUAUACUGAUAAUGAGUUAAAACAGGUGCCAUUAAUACAGGUAACGAGUGGAGCCUCGUUAGAAGAAGUUAGACCUCUUUGACAGCUAGAAAUCUUGCUUGUUUGUAGGUGACCAAAUACUUAUUUUCCACUCUAAUUUGGAAAUAAAUUCUUUAAAAAUCAACCAAUGUGAUUUUCUGUUUUUUUUUUCUCAUUCUGUCUCUCAUGGUUGACGUUUACCCAUGUUUACAAUUACAGGCCUCUGUAAUCUUUUCAAGUAGGAGAACUUGCACAAUUGGUGGUUGACUAAAUACUUAUUUGCCCCACUGUAUGUACAGUAUAUUAUACCGUAUAUACAUAUUUAUGUGAUAGAAAUGUAGGUUUGCAAAUAUACUUAAAUGUGUGGGGGGUUGUGUGUGUUUGUUUUGCACAUAUGAUUGUAGUGCUACACACAAUCUAAUCUAUUAGCCCACCAUUUGUAAAAUUUAUACCAGUACUCAAGAGAACUGUAUUGUACCUGUUGCAUAUUUAUUUGAAAAAAAAAUAGACAUUCUGCAUGCAUAAUGUCAGACGUACAGCACCACCACUCCAACAUGUUGUGGUUUGCAUGGCAAAAUGUUAUACUAGUGUCAGCGCAACCAAAGAAAAGUACGUUUCAUGUUUCCGUGGGUACAUAGUGUUAUAAUAGUAAGACUAUACUGUAUGUAAUUGGAUUUUUUGGAGGAGCAUGUCUAUCUUCUGAUGAUUUUUUUUCUUUCUUCCUUGUGGGCAGCACAGUGUCUGAUUGUUUUGCUCGUCCGCUUAUAGUGUAGUUCCGAGUUUAAGGGUUCAAUGGCAUAGGCUCAUGCACUCCUGCGACCCUCGUGAGAAUAAGCGGACAGUUUUUCUUGCAGGCAAAGCAGUUCAGUGGUUGGCACAUCUGCCUCAUGUUCUGAAGUAAUGGUUUGAAUUUGAGCUUCAGCCUCAUGUGAAGAAUCCAUAUUUUCCUCUCCCUACAUUCCGAAAACAUUCAUGUUGCAACAUGAAGCAAUUGCCAGAGAAUCCCAAAAUUUGAAAAAUAAGGUCUUAAUGGAACCUUUUUUUUUCAAAUUUGUAAAAAAAACAACAAUUAAAAUGAAUAUAAGCGCAUUAGUAUCUGUAAAUAUUUCUAAAUACUGAUUUUUUUUUUAUUUCUCAUGGAACCUGGAGAUAUGUACAUGUCUUGACUUGCAUCCAUCAAUUUUUUUUUGAGAAAUUUCAAAAUUCUGAGUUAGUCUCAAAAUCAUGAAAUUCUAAGCGUAUCAAAUGUGAUACGUUUGACAAUAAAGGGUUAAGUUCAUUGAAGAAUCUAAAUUGUCCUUGUGAGACUAUGUGAGUGAAUACUAAUUUGUCUGAACAGCAUGUGCCCUGCAAUUGGCUGGCAGCCAGCAUAAGGUUUAUAUGCCUCACGCUCGGUCAUCUGGGAUGGGUUCUACCUAACCUGUGACCGUGAUAAUUAUAAGUGGUCUAGGGAAUUAAAAUGUUUAAUGCUCCACCCAAGCGCCUUGGCCCCUAUGAAAGAGACAGUUUUUUUGUUUAUUUACAACGUAAUGCUAUUCCAAUGAAGGGGAGAAACUGUGUAUGCACAGGUACAUACUGUAUUGGCAUUACGUGCUUAGAGACAAUUAUGUUGUGCGGUAGAAUGAGAAGCCAAGUUGCACGACAGCACACAAGGUGAAGAACCUCAAGAUUCACCCUUGCUGUGGAAAAUCCUCUUCACCUCAUUUCAAUAAACACAUAUGUAGAGUGUGAAAUAGAAAGAAAGGGUGGGAACGGUGAGAUGGUGUGUUCACUCUUGUCCCUUUUCAACAGUUAGUUUGGCAAGCAUGUGUUGCCAUAACGACUCCACUGCAGGUUGUCUACUUUAGUCAUCAUACAAUGAUGUGCCCAUUGUCUGUGGGAGGCUUUUCAGUCAAGCAACACAAUGACAAACACACUCAACAUGUAAGCGGGAUAUGCUACCAAAUUAACAUGAAAACUGAAGGCAGUGGUAAGGACAGGCAAGCUUUUUUUUCCAGCUGUCAUCCCUUGUUGGUAUUUUGUUGCUGCCUUAUCCGUCAUGGAACCUGAUUGGCCCAAACUAUUGGUUCCUUGAUUAGCAUUUGUUUAGUUGUUCAUUAUUGAAGAAGUAAAUGUGUUCUAUUCAAACUUCGUGAAAACUGAUUAUUUGUUUUCUGUUCAAAUGCUUAUGAAGGAGUUAAAUCUGACAAGUAAACAAAUUGACAUGAGGUGUUUAAGUGAGCAAUGACCUUUUUUAUGAUACCUUGAUCAGCCAAUACAACAUAUUUGAAAUUAAAAAAAUAAAAUAACGUAAUUGAUGUUUCACAGGAAUAUAACAUCUACCAGCAAAAAAAAUGUCAUUUUAAGCACCCAAUUUCAUGCUUAUAAAGUAAGUAUUGAGACAUUUUGUUUGAGUUUGUUUGUUUGUUUGAGUUUGAAACUACAGGUAGUCCCCAGGUUAUGAUCGGACGUACCCAACUUAUGUGAUUUCGACUUAAGGUCGCCAACGCUUGUCCACCAUUUUAUCCCCAGUCUUCUUUUUUUUUUUUUUCCUAGUCACGUGAUAUUGUCUCGUCUGCCAUUUUCCGCUUUUUUUGUUUUGUUUUUACUUUAUUACUAUGAUGUAAAAAUACAUGUUUUUGGAUAGUUAUUUUGAGCUCCAAGGGGUAGUUAGGGGUACUUAAAGGGUUAAUUACGACUUACGCCACAAUUUGGGUUACGUCGCCAGCAUAGGCACGGAACUCAUUCAUAAUUAAGACUACCUGUAUUUGACAAAUUUGCAUAAUUCCAAAUAUACUGUAAAUGUUUUUGUUGUUUUUGAUUUAGACUUUGAAGGUAUUUAAAUACUGGGCCAUUUGAGCUGUACUUGGACUUCCAGUAUUUCACAGAGUUUAUACUUGUUUAUCGUCUUCAGAAAAAGAGAAAAGCAUACGUUUGCUUGAAAUCAGGUACUGGAUUUGGUCAUUGUAGAAUACUGUGUGCUUAUUUUCAUAUAGAGAAAUGUGAGGAUUUCUUUUUCUUUCUUUUUUUGCUUCAACUAACGUCUUCAGUUUUAUCUUUCAAAGUAAUCUGAUUCCUGUACAUGACAGUUGUGAAUGUUUUUUGUACGACCGAGAUUCAUCUGAUUCGUUCUUCAGGAAUAGCCCUGCUGGUUUGUCUAUUACUGAAAAUCUCAAAGUGUACAAUAAUAAUAUUCUUUAUCUAAUGUAAAAUGAUUUCCCCUUGUGUUUUUCUUCCAAGAAAGGAUUAUGUCAUCUGGUUUAUAUGUAAUGUAAAGCAAUUUAAGACUUUUGUGGGGGCAAAGAAAAGAUGUUGUAAUUCUAUGGAACCUGUCCUCUAUCCAUUCAAACCUACUUUUUAGUUGCUUAUGGACUGAGAACAACCAGACCUUUUUGAUUCAUUUUUAUUUUUGUCAAAUGCUUUGCGUUGGUGAGGAAGGCAAAAGCCUUUAACUUCUUUGGGGAGUAGUUGUUUUUUACGUAUUUAUUCAUAGUAUAAAAAGGCUGGAAAUCCUAAACCUUCUCGACAUAAAAGUGCCUGGAAAUAAUAAAUGUAAUUUUUUCUCACGAUUGAUUAAUAAAUUUGUAUUUAUUAGUCGAUUGCUUCACUACUGGAAACAUGGUUUUUGUUUGAUUCUGCUUUGCUACAUUGUUAAUUACACUAUUAAAACUAAAUUCUUGUCCGAAAGGAAGUGAAUUUGCUAUUCCAAUACUUUUGAAGGUCAGUCACCUCAAAGGUAUUGGAACAGCAAGUUCAAUUCCGUUGUUUCUGAAGACAUUUGGGUUUCAGAUCAAAACAAUAUGAUACAAAGUUCAGAAUUAAAACUUUUAUUUUGUGGUUUUUACAUCAGGAUGUGUUUAAAAACAGAAAAGAUUAUCUUUUCUUUGAACCCGCCCACUUAAAGUAAGUAAUAGUAAGUACUGUGACAUACAUGAUUAAAUUAAAGUGAAUAGCAUGUAAUAUUUGAUGGCAUAACCCUUACUUGCAUCACAUUAACUUCACAGGGCUGUUGCAUUUGUCAUUAGAAAUGGUAUUCCAGGCCUUUACUGACGCCUCUUUCAGUUCUUGUUUGUUUCUGGGGGGGUUCUCCCUUCAGUCUCCUCUUCAAGAGGUAAAAUACAUGUUCUAUUGGGUUAAGGGCUGGUGAUUAACUUGGCCAGUCCAAGACAUUCCACUUUCCGCCCCCGGUUAAGUCUUUGCAGUUGAGUUACCGUGAUAAAAGAGAGCUUUUCGCAUACGCGGAACUGAGAGCAAAAUAAGUUUCCACCCGUUAUUCUUGUUUUUAGCUGCUCAAAGGGGCAAAAUUUGCCAUUGAUUUGUGAGAUGAGCCUUUGAUAGUUGAUUUUGCCUAUUAUUGAUGAAUAAGUAGAACAACACCAGAGGAGUUGAGGCUUAUUUUUCAAGCAUUUUGAAAUCAAAUUGUCCUUCAAUUCUUGAAUGACCAUACUGUAUAUGUAUAGCAUAUCGCCUUUUAAAUAGAAAUUGCAAUGGCUUUUAUGUGCACUCAUGCGGUCUCAACCAAUGGAAGUAAAGUCACCGAGGGCGAUGGUUUAAAGAAAAGAGUUUGUAUGUGCUGCCUAACACAAUUGCAUUAUUGGCCUAGUUGGUGCUUUGUCCAGAAGAUGAAAAAAUAAACAUAUUUGUCUAAGCGUUUACUCAAUCUGUGCACGAGGUUCAAUUUAGAAAUAAACUUUAUUUUUUUUAAAUGUUUUAAAAACUUUUGUGCACGAAUUAUGACUUCUUUUUUUUUUUAACUACCAUCAUGGCACUUAUUUUACUUAAUGGCUGCCAUUGACGGUGCUGGAUGUCCAAUCCAUUUUGAUGGGGAGUCAAAAUGGAUUGGACAUGUUGUGCCAUCAAUGGCGCUGAAAGGUGCCAGUCCACAGUUAUUCCUCCCAGUUACAAUGAAUUGGACACCUACUGCCGUCCGUGGCACAAAAUGAGUUAAAUAAUAUUAAAACAAAAAUCAACUUUAGCGUGUCACUUGGGGCCGUAACUAAUGUUUUCUGUUUUUGUUAAUUUUAAU